AUCUGUUACAGGAACAAGUGAUACAACUGGUCUAUUGUACAGUGAUACAGCAGCAUACUGGGAACAAAUUUAUUAAAAUGGGCAUGAUUACACUUUUUGGUCUCUGCUCCAGCAUGCGGAUCUGGUCCGGAAUAUCUCCCAUACCUGCCAGCUCAGUCAUGAUAUUAUUUAUAGUGAAACAGGCCAAAGGAUCUCUGCUGGAAAAAACAACUACUGGAUGGAACAAAUACAAACAGGAAUGCCUAAAAAUGCUACAGGAAACAACUGUAGGUACUGGGAUACAUUGUAAUGGGACUUUUGAUCAGUUUGUUUGCUGGCCAUACUCAACCCCAGGAAAAGUAUCUGUUCCUUGUCCUUUGUAUUUGCCAUGGUUGGAAAAUGGAAGUGCAGGAAAUGUAUACAGAGUCUGCUUAGAUGAAGGAACUUGGCAAACGAAGGAAAACUCCACAGACAUUUGGCGUGACAGUUCAGAAUGUUCUGAGAAAAAUAAUCUCCAAAAAAAUGAAAAAGAACAUAAAUUACUUACCACACUACAGUUGCUGUACACCGUAGGAUAUUAUCUUUCUCUCAUCUCACUUGUCUUAGCUCUCCUUAUACUUUCUUUACUCAGAAAACUUCACUGCACAAGAAACUACAUCCAUAUGAAUUUAUUUGCAUCUUUCAUCUUGCGUGCCACAGCCAUUCUUAUUAAAGACACUGUACUCCACAGGAUUUACUCCAAAAGACCCAAUGAUGAAACUGGAUGGAUAUUAUACCUCAGUCCUGAGAUUUUAAUCAUUUGCAGAACCGCUCAGUUUUUCAUGCACUAUUUUGUUGGAGCAAAUUAUUUUUGGCUAUUAGUAGAAGGAAUUUAUCUGCAUACGUUAUUGAUUACUGCUGUGUUCUCAGAAAGAAGACUGCUGCAGACAUAUAUAGUGAUAGGAUGGGUUGUUCCUAUUCUAUUUGUUGCUCCCUGGGGAAUAAGCAGAUCGAAACUGGAGAACACAGGGUGCUGGGGAACAAAUGAACACAUGGGAAUCUGGUGGAUCAUUAGAGGACCGAUGUUGUUUUCCAUUACAGUUAAUUUUGGCAUCUUCUUAAAAAUUUUGAGGAUGUUGAUUUCCAAACUAAAAGCCCAGCAAAUGAGCUUUCAUGACUACAAAUACAGACUGGCAAGAUCUACACUUGUGCUGAUUCCAUUGCUGGGGAUCCAUGAGUUUAUAUUUUCCUUCAUCACUGAUGAACAGGUGGAAGGAUUUCCAAGACAUGUAAGACUUUUCAUUCAGCUGACAAUGAGUUCAUUUCAUGGUUUUUUUGUAGCAGUUUUAUAUUGCUUUGCAAAUGGAGAGGUAAAAGCAGAACUCCACAAGCAGUGGUCCCGCUUCCUGCUGGCAGAACCCUUUGGUCGUAAACUCUGCUUUCUUGGGCAAAACAUCAAAUACCUCAGGAGAUGUUCACAGAAAGAGAAAAAAGAGCACCUCAGCAGCAACCACUUGUGCCUGGAGGUGAGUGAGCCCUGGGGCAUGAAGCUCCAGCAGUUGCUGGCGAAGCAGAGGGCAGUUCCAUGCACAGAGCAAGGCUGUGCACUUCCACCUCGUCUGCGGGCAAGUGUGUCAGACAGCAGCGAAGGAGAAGUGACCACUGGAGAGACAACUGAGGAGGUGGUCUUUGAAGAAAGUGAGAUCUAGAAAGAAGUCCACCAGGACAGCACCUUCCAACAGCCACAGUACUUCAAAAGAUGAUCUUCUUUCAUCUCCAGGCUGCACAGAUCUCUGUGAUGUGCAAUACAGAGAGAAAGCAGUCCUACUUCCUACCAGCCUCAGCUGUCCCACCUCAACUACCUGUGAAAAAUUUGACUGUUCCUAACCCAUGUGGCUGGGGAGGAACAGGUGUAUCAAAAAAUCCUUUGGGUUGGCCAACAGAGAUAAUAGCAUGCUGAAAGGGAUGUACACAGGGGAGCAGGAUGUAUGCUGGAAAUUAACAGACUGGUCAAUUUCUCCCCCAUCAGCUUCAUCCAUACAUGUCCUAUUCACACAACAAAGUUGUUUGUUGUUUGGUUUUCUCUUUUAUAGCUGCAUGAUUUGGAAAUUUUUCUCUGCAGAUUGAAAUAAUCCUUCAACUCAAAAAACAAACAAACAAACAAAAAAAAAACCAAACCAAAACAAAAAAACAUCUAGCUUCAGGUUAACCCAAAUGCAUUUUAUUUAAGCAACACAAUAUACAAAAAGGCUUGGGAUGAAGCAAAUUUUGGCUUGGAUGCUUAAGCUUCUUCCCUUGUGGUUUAGUGCUGGAAAUGCCUAUAUGAAGUGACAGAUCAAAAAGUACUUGUUCUUUUUUAAAUGACCAAAUGAAAAAUUUUGACAGAAGUGUUCAUUUUAGUUUUCACUAUUUUUUGGCACAAACCACAAACAUUCUGAUACAUCUGCACAUUACAUUACCCUACCUGCUCUGAAGACAUGCAUUAUGACUGACCUAAAUAACAAAACAGAUCAUUUAACAGAACAGAAAAUUUAUCCACUAGCAUUUAAAAAGAGUCAUGUUGAAAUUUUCACAGUCAUACACAGCUCACCUGGGGACCUGAGGAAUUCAAGUUUUUUAAUAUCUAUCUGAUGAGCCAGUCUGCAAACUUGCCAACACAAGCCAUCUGGCAUACUGAAAGGAGAAAGAAAAAGGCAAAAUAAAGAUUAGCAAAUAAUAUUUAUCUAUAAUAUAAAUCUAUGCUCCAGGCACAUACACUGAGCCAGCAGCAAGUUACAUAGCAUUUGUUAUGAUUAUCUGCUGUACUUUGCUGGCAAACACUCUGAAUGUUUGCAGAUGUAAUAAAACACAGCAGAUGUCCCCUAAGCAAAGUUCAGAUCUGCCCCUGGGCUCUGCUCUUCCAUCUUUCCUUCUCCCUACCGGGUGCCAACACUGCAGCUGGCCUUCCCUGCCCUUGCUUCUCCCCACAGUGCUGCUCUGUCCCCAGACCUCUGCUGACACCUAAAGGUGAUGGCACUUUUUGGAGAGAAGUUGCCUGUAUCUUCGAUCUGUUGUUUGAGCAGAUUCAUUUUGUGUAGGUUAUAAAACUUACCAAUGUCACCUGCUGUGACAUACUGCUUUUGUGCAGAGGUCAGAUAAGUUCAUUGACGAGUGCCAGAUCAAGAACACAUUUGAACCAUCAAAUUUCUGGUAGUUUUCAAAAAAGUAUUUCUUUUAUAGUUUUAUCAAAGUUAAAAAUUUAGUUUCUUUAGUAUGUGUAGAUAACAUAUUAUUAAAAAGUAAAUAUUUGAUCAAUAUGAAAAUAUAUUCUCAUUUUUUAAAGGCUUUUUUUCUAGAAUGUCUGUUUUGCUUAUAUCAUUUUAAUGCAAUGGUUUACAGGCACCCAGCACUACAUAUCUGCUGAUGUCUUCUCAAAUUUAAAGAUUUACUUCUUCCAGAGAUUUUGUUUAUGCUAUUAAAAAGCCUUCAGCAGUUUAGAAUGCAUCUUAUGGAGGUGAUAAAAAAUGUAAACUGCUUAAGAAAUUUAUUGUAUCUCAGUAAAAUACCUUUUUACUAUAGUGCUUUUGUUUCCAUUUCAAGUCUUCACAAAUCCUAUGCUGUGCUGAGCAAGUUGGUUUGGAGUACAUUCAUAGUCAGUCCCGAAGUCACACAGAACAACUGCGAGAUGCAACUGCUGUAAGCCAUGUCAUUGCAAUUAUCUUCAGGAAAUUAAGUGGGAGCUGCCACACCAUCAGGCCAUGUCUGUCAACUCAACUUCUUCUCGUAUCAUGUGCAUCACAUUCAAUGGUUAUUUUCUCCCAUCACAAAUAAAUUCCUUUCAGCAUUUAAAAGGGGGAUUAUAACAGGAGGGGAAUAAACUUUUUACAAGGGUAGGCAGUGAUAGGACAAGGGGAAAUGGUAUUAAGCUCAAGAAGGGAAGGUUUAGGUUGGAUGUCAAUGGGAAGUUCUUCACAGGUAGAGUGUUGAGGUGCUGGAACAGGCUGCCCAGAGAGACUGUGAAUGCUCUGUCCCUGAAAGUGUUCAAGGCCAGGUUGGAUGGGGCCCUGGUCUGGUACCACAUCUGGAGGUUGGUGGCCUCCCCUGCGGCAGGGGGGAUGGAACUUGAUAUCCUUGUGGUCCCCUCAACCCAAAGCAUUCUGUGAUUCUAAAAUUCUCUGUUUUACCCCAUUCAGUUUUCUUUACCUUCUCUGGAGGCAGCACUGAUUUUAUGCUCAGCAGAAUCUGCAGACAACAGCAACGGUCUUGGGCUUCUCACCAUCCCUCCAGGAGUGCCCUCUUCCUCUUGCAUAGCUGAGUCUCUCUGAGAUUUCUGUCUACACAACAACACUUUUAAACUCAUGUUUGAUUUUACAACGUUCUGUUCCUCACAGCAAGAUUAUUUCCCUGCCUGGAGAACCUUAUUAAUGCUGAAGAUGAGAGAUGACUUGCAGGGAUUCUGCAGUCCAACUUCAUCAGGCCCUAACCACAGGCACCAUGGACCGUAUCAGUGGCAGAGAUGAAAUAGGAUGCAAGAGUGAUUUUGGCUUCUUUCUUCCCUUUCACUUCUCACAUCCAGUUGCUCCUCCCUCUCCUCUGUGCUUCAGGGCUGGUUCUUAGGCCUGCCUGUAUAGCGCUUUGGGAUUGCAUUCUCACUUGCAGCCUAAAAAGUUUUCCCUCAUUUUCACACAUUUGAGUGUCCUUCAAAGCUUCACUAUAGAUGAGGUCACAAAGAGUCUGCCUUUAUUUUCUUCUUGAUCAACACAAUAAAUUGCACUGUAAUUGCUUUGAGAUUUGCACAGCAGAAGAUGUUGCUUUCUACCUCCCACUCUUCUACAACCCAAGAAGUCACGUGCCAGAUAUCAGCCUCCAUGUAUGAAGUUUAUAGAACGCUAUCUUCCACUCCUACCCAACCUCCCAUCACCUGCACCAGCAGGGUCACAGAGCUGCUGUGCUUCCUAGGGCUCAGCACCUACAGAACUACCCUGGAGGGUUCCCAACAACUGACCUAUCCUGAAUUGUCACAUCGGCAGGCAGCUGCUCUGCAUCGCACACCACUCCAGCAAAACCUGCAUGGAUCUUGCCAGGGGGAAGGUUUAGAGGGCUCCCACCCCCAGCAGCUUUUGUUGCUGCCUUGCAGCACCACUCAUCUGCCCGAAGCAGCUGAGAGGUUCUCCCUGCAGCCCUGAAGUGCUCUUGGCUUUUUAAUCCCUUGUUACUCUUCUGGAAUGCGCUAAGGGGGACUUUGGGAUAUAUUAAAUGUGGAAAUCCCUGCAGUAAGGGCAUACAGGAGUGCGUACUGAGGCUGCUCCUGCAGCUUUGCAUGAGGCACGGGUGGGGAUACAGACCUGGCAGGGCUACAGUGAGAGCAAGAAAAGCAGCAGAUAAGAUUGAAGUGCUGGAAAUGAAGAGAGUGAAUUUGUGGAGGCAAUUAAUGUGAUUUAAUUCUUCAAGAACAGCAGAUAUGUGAUAACAAAGCAGUGUUCAGAGGGUAAGGGUGAAGGACUGGAGAGGGAGAGGUGGCAGCUGAAGUAAUUUGGGGAAUAAUUGGAAUUCAAGGAAGAGAAGGCUGGAUGGGAAGAUGCCACUGGAUGAAAAAUGCUUUGAAAAGCAAAUGACUGGGGCAGGCAGGGAGAAAUACGGCAGUGAGCUGCCAGAUCGUGGGACCACAAAAGGCAAAUAGCAGUCUUCUCCAUACCAGCAUUAUGACAACAAACUAACUUGGAGAGUUGCAGGCAACAUCACUGUGCUUUGCAGCUGUUUUCUUCAAAAUGCCAUGGGAAAUAUAUAUGAAUUCAGAAAUGAACUCACGGGAGAAAACAUUUGGAAGAAUCAAAAUGCAUUUCAGUAUAAAGGUUUCAUCCUUCCCUGAGAAACCAGUACUUUCUGGUCACUGUCCAAGCCAAGAUACUGGGCUGUAUAGUUUUGGCCUGGUACAAAUUUUUAUUUUAUUUACUUUCACCUUAAAUACUUUACAAUCCAGCAAUAUUUCCCCCUUUAUGUAUGUUUGCUUGCCAGGAAGUGAAGGGGCAGUAAAAAGAGUUCCUGAAGCCUGAACUUGUGAGCAGAGGAUGACUGCAGCCACACUGCAGAGGUUAGCUUAAAUAUAUUUAAGCAGCUGAUUCAGAAAGAGCAUUCUUCUCUCUUCCAGCAAGCAGAAGCAAAUGACACAGUCUUAAAGCAUUUGCUAAGUCUACAAAAAAUCAUAGGUCUGUAAAUAUGAUGACUAUAAUUUAUGCUGCAGCUGCGAGAGACUGAGUGUCUGCUUGUCAGCUUUAUAAAACAGGAAGUCAAAUUAAAUUGGAGCUAGAAGUUCUCAUCUACUUUCAGGGACCCGGAGGGAAAAAAAGAACAUAAACAGAGCAUGCAGUGUAACCAGCGAAUCUGAACUGUUUGUCUCUAUAAUAAAUACUUCACAAGUGCAUGCUUGUAAUUUUUCUUUUAUUUGUAUAAGGACUGAGACAGUAAUUUAGACAAGAAAGAUUCUUUGAGUAAGAAAUGUGACAUUACUAUGUUUAUGGUUUGACUCCAGAUAGAAGAACCUGACUCCCAAAAUUUCAUUCGUGUGUGGUCAGAUUCAGUGUAAGGUCUACAAACAGCCCUCUCUGGGCCAUUGAGUCUUGACCUUUACUUCAGAACUUGCAAUAGUAUUUAAGGAAACCAUGCGACAGCAAUGGUAGUUGGCACCUGUAUAGCAAAACUGUAAAGAAUACUAGAGCUGUGUUAAAACAUUUACAUUAAUUUUGCACGUUUUGCUUUUAAAGGCCUUAUGAAGGGCAUGUGUCAGUAAAGCCUCAUGAACACCUUCAGCCUAUUUUGCCUACAGAGGAAGUUUUCUGUACUUCAUUUGACUUCCAGCAUUAGUUAUGACUGCUCCUGCUCUGUGAUCUUCUAUGAAUUCCUCCACGAGCACUGCAAAUCACAGUGGGCAUCUCUGCCUAUCUGCAACCUGAUUUGUUUCUGUCCAUCGUAAGCCCUGCAGAACAGAGUUGUCUUGUGCUUAUCCAGUGACCAACAGGUGGAUGAAAACAGGUGAAUCCUGGGAGACUGAUUUUUUAUACAGUCUGACAGUGAUUUUUUUUUCUAGUUUUAAACUAGAAGAAGGGAGAUUCAGGUUGGAUGUGUAGAGGAAAAUCUUUACUCAGAGGGCAGUGAGGCCCUGGCACCGCUGCCCAGAGAUCCGUGGGUACCCCAUCCCUGGAGGUGCCCAAGGCCAUGGAUGGGCCCUGGGCAGCUUGAGCUGGAGGGGCAACCAGUCUGUGGCAGGGGCAGUCUGGGGGCUUUGAGACCCCUUCUAACCCAACCAUGUUGAAUGGCUUUUGUCCUCCACCCAGCAGGCAAAGGUGUUGGGUGUGCUGGCAUUUCCAAGACUGUAGCUCUCUGUGGUACAAAAAUUGAUUAUCCCUUCUCCCGAGCUGCAAGCUAUGGCCUACCCUUUCAGAGAAUACUCGUGUUGAUCCACCAUUGCUCUACCCUGGGAGACUUUAACUGAUGUACCUCUGCAUGAAAAAAAAAAAGGAUUUGGAGAUUAAGGCUGAGCCGCAGUACUGGAAAUACAAUAUGCAGUGCUGACAGUGUGGUGCUGCCCUCUGCUGACCAUACCACACAUCAAGGUCGUACAGAAAAGGAUUCUGUUAGAAACAUCUCCUCUUUCCUUUUUCCAUUCCAAGUCAGGAUACACAGCAAGACUAUAAAUUCUGGCGGAGAGCGAGGUGAGUCAAUAAGAGAACAACGCCAAAUAUUAACGAGCAGGCAGCUGACACAUGUGGCUUGUUGUGCUUCCAGCCCUGUGUCUGCACAUGCCCCAUCACCAGUCCUGACAACAGAGCUGGUGAUCUCAGCACAGCUACAGCUUCCUCAGUCUGAAACACAGGCAAAGAGACACACUGACAUCCAGUGUAAGGGACAGAAAGACAUUUCAAAAAACAAAACGUGCAAUUUCAGAGGCAGAAAUGGUCCUGAACUGUGAGGGAGAGCUGAAGGGCCCCCCAGGUAAUCCCAGGGCUCCCUUUGGGUAGCAAGCUGCUUGCAGGGAACUAUCUGUAGGAAAUCUAUGUUGGGCACACCACCUCCAAUAAUUUAAAAAUGAACACCCAGCAACAGUUUCCUCUGUGUUCACAACAAUUCUCAGAACUGUGUUGGGCCUCUUUUCUUCAAUGGGGCCAGUAGUUCAAAGACGCCCCUGAAGGGGCUGGGCACAUCCCACCUGGGCACAUGCCCAGACAUAGCAGCACAGAAAGCGCACUGUUCUCAAGUUUACUCACAAUUAAACUGCUCUGAAAUUCUGCCUUCAGUAAGACCGAGACCAAAGGGCACAGGAACCACGCACAAGCAGAACGAAGGUGAAGAGCAGCACCCAGAGCAAGACCUGGCUCAAAAAUCUGGAGUGUGUGCAGCUCUGAUAUACAUAUAAAUAUUUACAAAUUUUAAGUACUCACCUGGCGAGUUCAAGAUCAUAUUGCUCAUAACAGCAAAAAUGUAGACCGAACUUUACAAUUAACAGGAACUACUGAAGCAUUAGAUAACAGUUUGAGGUAUAAAGUAUGCAUUAGUUCCAAAAGCGUUCUGAAAUAAAUCCCUUCAUCAAUGUCCCUCCAGCUUUCUUUCUGCCUCUGAGGAAUGGGAGGGUCAGAGGCUGAGUGUGAAAUCCAGACUGGUGUUUUAAAAUUACUGCCUUGAUUGCAAAAUACCAGCACUGGUGUUCUUGUGCAAAACGUGUAAAAAAUUCUGUGCUUCACAUCUAAGUGUCACCACCUAUGCCUGAUGGCUGAUCCUGGUCCUGCAGCACCUCUAAGGGUGCCACACCAGCAGAGCAAAUACAUUAUUUCCUCACCUCUGGGUUCAAAGCUCUAUCAUAUUCCUCCACAGUAGAAAAUACUCUUUGUUGAUAAGGUGAAAUGAAAUCCAUCACACCAUGAAGAGAAUUGCUAAGUACGUACUGCUGUGAAAACCAAGCUUCAUGUGGAACUUCCUCAGAGUCAUACCUGUCUCUUCCUUUUCUGAGUGCAGAGAAUUCUGCAACUACAACUACUUACCACAUCCAUUUUUAAGAAAUUUCCUUCACUAGCACUUCCUGCGUUCCUUUUACAAACACAUCAUAUAGCUGCAGGGCAGCACUUUGCAGGAGGGUGAGGAAAGUAAGUUUUUAGAUGAGUUCAACACUGGAAGAGUUCUUAGGAGAAAAUUCCACUGAGGAUUAAGAGAUGUGUAGGUAAUGCCUUUACUUCCAAGGCUGCUGUGUUGCUGGGAAAGUAUGCUCAUGCUCUGCAGGGCUGCUGACACCUUGUUCUGUGCUGUGGUCUCCAUCAGUAUUACACAUCAGAGACAUAAGAAUUUAUUAGCAUUUGACAACUGUCUUCUCUUCAACUAAGCUUCAAGGCACACGUGGAACCUGCAGAUAAAGGACUGGGUGUACAAGACUUACAGAGCACGUAAGCCAUGCGUAUUUUUUCAUAGUGAUCAGAGUUAGUUUGCCUAUUUAAGAAUCAAACCUACUUAACUGCCAGUGAUUUUAAAACUGGUUUCAUAAUAAAAAUGAAAUGUCAGCAACUGUACUCAUCUGAAUAUCACGCAAAGGUCUGAAAAGGAUACAAACAAACAGACUACGCCCUACUGAUGUAUGAAUUCAAGCUUCACCAUACUAGCAUUACCAAAGCAGUAAAUGUGCGUAUGGCACCCCGAGUGUACUUUGAUAUCACUGCAUUCAAAAGGUGUGUGACUUUGAUAGAAGAAGAAACACUCUAGUAAAGACAAUUCCAUGCUCAAUACGUCUCUGUACAGUUUAUUUUACAGGAGAUGAGAUGAGCACUGUGGUGCAUAUAAACCUGCAGAACAACAUAGCAAAAUACAGUUUAACCAUAUGAAAUAGUUUUACAGUAAGACAGAAAAUAUGUAGAGGAAAUGCCUUCAACAUCGAAGGACAAGAUCCACAACUGACAUCAAGUAUCUUCCACCAAACUCUGCCAGUUCACCCAAGCUGAAGAUCUGCCCCUUAAAUCUUUCCUACAUUGAACCCCUUCAGUUUGGCGAUUUCUUCAUGCACCUUUAUGGAACGAAACCGAUCCUAUAAUUUGCACAACAACCCAAGAUUUACUGAUUACUUAGACAGAGGCUGCAUGAUACAUAAUCUAAUUUAAGGGGCCUUAUCAGCCAGAAUUUAUGGAAAAUUAUAAAAUAUUGGUUAAGCAUCUUUAAAAAGAAGUCAUUAGUACUGUCAAAAGACAACUUUUCAAAAAGUUUAGAAAGUAUUUAGUAAAUUACACAAAAAGGACCAAAUAGGCAACCCUAUUUUAGUAGAAAAUUGUUUAACUGUACGAGCAGUGAUGUGGCCUACCUCUGAAUCCCUGCUGCUGGAAUGUCUGCAAAACUGUUGGGUAGAAUUUUCCUUAUCUUGUGCUGCCAGAAGGAAAUUUAGAAGAAAAGAUUUGCCCAGUAUUACUACCUGCUUUUUUCCACAAUGGAUAAAGUUGCUGUCUGUAAAGCGUGUUCCUGCCAAAGAGCAGUAACAGAGUGGCAAAUGAAUAUCAAAAUUCCUUAUGCUAUUUUGAAAAUCUCUAUCAGCACAUGAAAAAAUAUCCAAAUCGAGCAUUCCCAAAUUCAAAUGACUAAAAUUUUCAUGUCAGGCAGAUAGGAGAUCCCUGAAAUCGUUCAGCUUUAUGGACUUCCAGUACCAGACAAAAUUGUUUUAAGUAACUGCUUUAAAGAAGAGUUAUGGUUUGUUUUUACAAAACAGCACUAGUUAAAUCCGAAAUGUCACCUUACUCAACUAUUUUUAUGCAGUAUUCUUAUUCUACUGAGACCCCAUGCUGAAGGAUGUAUCAGUAAAUAAAGUUAGUAACUGUCCUCCAAAGCAGUUAUUCUAAGUUUAAUAUGGCUUAACAUUUCCUACUCCAUUUUCAGCACUGAGAAUUUAUGACACCUAUGUUGGACUGCAAAUGAUUAGUGAGAUAAAGGCAGGUCUGUGGGUAUGCUGAUGCCCUAAGAAGAGUGCACAGUGCAGAACAAAGAAGGAGGGCUGGAAAUCCUGCACGGCUCAGUGCGCACUGGCUGCUCCUGAGUUCUGGAAAUUCAUAGGGUGAAUCUGUGUAUGUUAUAUGGUUGUAGCAGGUACAGCUUAAAUAGGCACUUCAAGGGGAACUACUGGAUGAAUUUUGGUAGGGUUGUGAUAGAAGCCAUUGCUCAGUUAUUUGUGAAAUCAGUAGCCUUGAAAGACUGCAUAUAUUCAAAAUGAAGGUGUUGUGCACUCCUGAGCCUGAGUACAGCAGCUGAAAAGCUUUUGUUCUGAACGUCCGCUGAGUUUGUCUCAUACGAUACACCGGGGACAAUUCAACUUAAUGUAAGUUGAGGGAAUUACAUUUGAAUGUUUCAAAUUUAUAUUUUUUUUUCUGUAAUUAUUAUGCUGUUAUUGUAAGACAUAAUUCAUAUUGGUCUCUGUAAGAUUUUAUCCAUGUACAAUUGUUAGCAUCAGAUGUUUCACUAGGCACAAAAGGUUUCUACUCUCAGGAAUAUGGGAUUAGAAAUUUAAGUCAAAUUGUGCUAUGGAUUGGUCCCUUCAGAAAAGAUCUCCAGAAAAGAAGCUGUGGCCAACAAAAAAGAGUCACUGCACUUCCAAGCCCAGAGGCUUGGAGGAACAAUCCCAACAGAAGCCAAAAUAAGCCAACAAAAAACAAGCACACCCUAAACUCAGAAAAUAUCCAAAAGCGUGAAGUUCAGGCAGCACAUUAAAGCAAAAGAGAUGUUCUGUGAGCACCUUGGAAAGUGCUGUAUGUCAGUAAUAGAGCUGGUGGGUACAGUAACAAUGAAGAAGUACGAACUGACUGAUGCACUCUUAUGUGAGUAACAUCUACCACUAGAUAAAGUAAUGGAUAUUAUUUAAAAACAGCAGUUCUUCUCAGGAAAAGACAAGGACUUGCUGAUGUGAAAGACGACACUGCCAUUGUGCAACAGAAAGACUGCACAUUCCAAACUCCUGGAGAACACGGACACACCAGGCUUGAUGCAGUCCGGUUUACAGCCAGUUCAGUGCAGUGGCACACAACAAAACGCUACUGCCAAAUCCAAAAAACAUUCUUCAGUCAUCAGUGUGGUGUUGCCACCUACCAGAUUCCUGCAGGCACAACCAGGUGCUGGCCAGAGAGCCCUUUAACAAGGAACAAACAUGAGGGAACAUUAUUGACUUCAGGACACUAAACAAAAUUCAGAGAGGAGUCUGUUACUGCAACCAGGAGGGAGAUCUCAGAUCUCUGAGGGAGAUGAGUGCCUACUGUUGAGAAGCUCAAAUUUCACUGAGGUGGCUAAAUAUUUUACUAGCUUCCAUGUACAAUGCAAUGUGUCUGUGACUGUUGCCCAUCCUGUUAAGCAAAGACCAGCAGGCUCCUCUGUGAACUGUCAGAUGCCUCCACCACGCACUGAAGGACACCAGACAGCUCCUCCUGAUCACUGUAUGAGUUCAGGAGGAAUGCCCAGAUAGCACGAAUUAUUCACAGCAACACUUUGGUAACCACCAGCUCUGGGACUUCAUUCUUCUAUAUCAAUACAUGCUAGUGAGCAAAAAGCCUACAGAUGUUCCAGAAAGCUCAGUGAUGUGCGAACAACACACUGCUCUUCCAGGACAACGAAGUCUGAACCUCAUCUCUAAAAACAUACCCAGCAGGCUGUACUAAAUAGUGCAAAAUAGUAUGCUGGCUAUUACAAAAUAGCAAAUAGCUGUGUGUUUUUUUUCUUUUCAGAAUAAAGCAAACAACUGAUCACACCAAGUCACAUCUACUCACUCCAGGGGUGCCUUAAAGGUGCUGGUUGGGAUUUCUAAGGUGCGUCAUUGUGAAGGAUCCACCUGGGUAAGCAAUGCUCUUUUUCUGUCUGUGUGACUAAAGAAACAGAAGGUCAGAGCCUCUUUUUCACUUAAUUUGGGAUUUGGAUCAUUGGGACUGCAAAAGGAGAGCUGUCAGCCUAUGCUCCAGAGCUGUUGUGUCACUCUGCUGAGAACAGCAUACAACAGCUAUAUUCAUUAAGUACUGGAGAAUCUCAUUUCUCAGUAUUUCCUUAUAUAUGUACUGAAAGACUAAGAAAAAAAAAAAAGUUUGUGCAUUCCUAAUCAGUAGCCUGAUUUUCAAGGUCUCAGUUAUCACCCAUGCACACUCUCUUCACCUCUUAGAAAUUUUUGAGUGCUGAGCACUUCCAAACAGAAGGCCAAAGGAAGAGUGCACAUUUCUACAUGAAGACUAUGGAAGAUCAUUUCCAGCAAGUAUUUGAAGGAUGAUGUAAAAAAGAUACAAGCAUGAAGACAUUCUGAGAAGGUGUGGACAGUUAGGACUUUUACCAGCAUGUAAAUGCUUCCCGUGAAUGCUUUAUAGAAACCUUCUGUAAGAAAAAAAAAAAAAAGAAAAAAAGAAGGUAAUCUGCAUGCAACUCACCACUCCAA